AAUUUAUUUUGUUAAGAAGUUGAAUUAAUCGCUUUGUGUGCAUAAUGCCAAAAAAUAAUAGUAAGAAAUACUCAGAGUUGAUGUUAAAUAGCUUGGUUCAACAGUCCAAUCAAAUCAGACAGAAAUUCAGUUUGAUCUCUUAAAGGAACAGUUCACCCAAAACUAAUUUUGAGACACAAACACAAGAAUCUUACGUCCUUUCAAACAUCAGUGACUGUAUGGAUCAAACACCAGAUCAAGACUGAAGAUUAAUGGCUGAAUGUUCAGUUUGGGUUGAACUGUUCCUUUAAAACACGGAGCAAAGUGACAUGAUUAAUCCAAGAUCCCAAACUGAUCUUGGAUUUUAAAAAGAUACAAUCAACACCCUUUUUAAGACAAAGAGGAUCAAGUUAAGAUCCUGAAUUGUUUCAUGGACGACAACAAAUUCCCCAGACUUUCCACUGAAUUUCAGUUUUUGAGGUGAACUGUUCCUUUAAUCUCUGGCAUCGUCAUGGUGUGGCUCAAACUUAUAUUGUGUCACUCCCUGGAGAGGAAAGGUGUGAAAAAAAAUCAUAAUCUGAGAAGUAUCUGCUGUCAGACAGAAAUGGAAACACUUAAAGUACGAGUAUCUCCAAUGUGUGUUUUAAAACAGUGUUGUAAAACAGUGAGUUUAAACGUGACCUACAAGAACAGUUCUUGAGUAAAAGUCUUGUUGUGUCUGAUAUUAUAGUUCGGAGCUUUAUUUUGGAGGGUCAGACCGGACGUGUGGCGGUGAGUUCCUGUGCGCUCUUGGCGCGGGGAGUCUUCCCUGGUGGAGCUUCAGUAUUUACAACAAUAUUGUGGGAACAGCUCCUUUGUGACGCUGCUGUCGGCUCCAGACAGACAGACAGGCGGACGGACCGCCGCCGGUUCGGCUCUCUGCUCGGUUCAGUUCCCUGCUGGUCUCUCCAGGUUUCGUCAUGGCGCACGGCUCCGGUUAGGACUUCUUCUGGAGGCAUUUCGGAGAGAUUUCCUAUAAUGUUGGCGACUGAUGCCCGUCUACCUUGUGCACUGCAGUGGUGCGCAGCUUCGCCUGGAGAAACACCUGUGCGCCUCUUCGUCUCCAGCGGCCACAGGCAUGAAUGUUGAGUAGAGAACAGAUUACCCUAAGGCGCGGUGUGUCUGUCUGCAUUUGUCUGAGAGGAACGAGAGAGGGAGCUGCACAAAUGCCGCACAGCCAGACGUCAUGCGAGCCGAGACCUUCCCUCGCUGCAGAGUGCUGAAAUGAUAGGACUGACGAGCCGGUGUGUCAGAUCUGUUUACACUAGGGGCGGCGAUAAGAGCCGCUUGACUCCAGACUCUCUAAAGGCCUGCGUGUGGUUUACGGCCCCUUUCAAUCACCAUCAAGAAAAGACGUGUUAACUGAUCUCUCCUCAGCACUUUUUUCCGCCAGAUUCAGCAGUCCGGUAACGAGCCGAGAUGGAGUGGUCGCUAGAGAAUGUGAGGGAGAUGGUGGCUGGAGGGAUGCAGUCUAUAAGGGAGUGUGAGAUCUGUGCUUUCGCCAUAGCCAUGUGUGUGCUGCUGCUGUUUAUGUGGUACUGCUACAGGGUGGGCCGGGAGCACGGCUCCAGCCCUCUGCAUAGGAGGUACCUGGCUGGGCCCGGCCGGAUCGGAGGGGUGGUGGGGGGCUUCAUGAGUUCAGACUGCCGCGGCCGGGGGAAAGGGAAGCACGGAUCGAUGCUAGAAGAGCAGAACGGCUUCGCUUUCUGCCAGUCGUCCGAGUGUUUCCGUUGCACCAGCGCCGGAGAGAGUCUGAACCAGAGGCUCUAUCACAGCCUGCAGGAUUACGCCAAGCGCUACACCUGGUCAGGUAUGGGCAGGGUGCAUAAAGGAGUCCGCGAUCAAGGCCGAUACCUUAACAGCCGACCCACCAUCCAGCGGCCGGAGGUCUUCUUCCUCCCUGACCUCCCCUCAGCCCCGUUCUUCUCGAGGGAAGUGCAGAGACACGACGUGGAGCUGCUGGAGCAGAGCUUCCCCGCCCUUCUGGCCGAGUUCGAGAGCAUCUACCACCAGCCUCCGGCCCGCAGCGGCUCCUCCCUCCCACCGGGGUGGAAGGCCAACAACACUCCUCGUGGGCAGUGGUGGACCUACUACCUGGUCAACCAAGGCACCCCACUGGUUCUCAACGUCAGGAGGUGUCCACGUGCCUGGAGGGUGCUGGGCCAGCUGCGCACCUUCAUCGCCAACAACGUGUUCGGAAACGCCUGCUUCUCUGUGCUGACGCCCGGAGCUCUGAUCACUGAGCAUUACGGUCCAACAAAUGUCAGGCUGCGCUGCCACCUGGGUCUCAGAGUGCCCCCCUCCUGUGAGCUCGUUGUUGGUGGAGAGCCACAGUGCUGGUCUGAGGGCAGCUGUCUGCUCUUUGAUGACUCCUUCCUCCACCGGGCUUUCCACGAGGGCGGUGCAGACGACGGCCCCAGGGUGGUGUUCAUGGUGGACCUGUGGCACCCCAACGUGGCCGCCGCUGAGAGACAAGCCUUGGACUACAUUUUUACUCCAGGCCGCUUAGACGACAAGGAAGGGAAAUAGGUGUGAGUGAGAAAACCAUGUCCGACCGAGAGACAGAUGGUGUUUAGGAAAGUGUCUGAUUGGGGGGAGCGACUCUUUUUUUCUGCCUCCAGACCAGCUCUCACACUCGCUGUGUACAUAUUCUCCGUCUCAUGCAGCAUCAGUCAUAACUCUUCUUAGCAGAAGACCAAACAUUGGGCCUCUUUUAUCAGUCGGGAUCAUGUUUUUCCGCCUGUGUAGUCGAGAACAGCCUCGCUUGAAAGCAUGAGGACUGCGAUUGUUCAUGCAGCCAUUUUAUUUUUAACACCAUGGCGGGGACGCUUUUUAUUUUGAAUCGUCGAAUGUUCCUAGAUGAAUGAUAUUUGCACCAAAUUCAGUUUUUCACAUUUAGUUUUGGGCCAAUUCUAGAGCACAAUUACUGUAUUUCUAUCUGAGAUUAUAUGUACGGCUCAUAUUGGUUUAUUUUACUAUAACAGGGUGAUAACGGCCUCAGUGGAGACGGUACAGGGGAAAACUCUUAUUCUAGAGGAAAGAAAACAUCCCAAAAUAAACAUUUAGGGGUUUAUUUUAGAGUCAUUGAAUAAAACAGCUGUUCUCAGAGGACAAUCAGGUCUGAAGCUAGAAAGGUGGCAGGGUCCGCCACAUAUAAACAGAGUUAAACGGUAUUAAAUUGUGUUGUCCUGUUAAGCUCAGUUUGUUUGUUCAGUCGUGAAAACAAAGAAAGCUUCUUUAUUUAGUUUUGUUUAUCACAGGCUUGUUAACAUUUAUUCAACUAAACUACAGACUGCUCCUUAAAUGAUAAGCAUAAAAAACAUCAGAAAACAUGUAAAACAAAAGAAUAAGUGUCUUAAUAUAAGUGAUCUACAGAGGAAGUGUCAUGGUGCAUGGAACAGUGUUGUUUUGGUGAUUUAUAUCAUUUUAAUGUAAUGAGCCUUUAAAACCAGGAAGUACAGCAAAUCAUUUAAUAUAAUGAUCAUGUUGUAAAGAAAGUAUCCAAACAUCAUAAUUGAGUAAAAGUAAAGAUACCUUGUUAAAAUAUUACUUUGGUAAAACAAAUGAAAGUCACUCAUGUGAAUGGUGCUGGAGUAAAAGUAUUAAAGUACUUUAAAACUAUUAAAACUACUUCCACUCUCUCUCUAACACCUUCAUACAUUUCUGCUAAGGGCUAAAAAAAACAAAUUGUGAUCAUCGACUUUUCAUAUCACUCGACAGAUCCAGUCAGACGUUUGUCACGACGGCCACAAGUUCUGCAGAACGGUGACACGUUUACAGAGAUGGUAGUUUUUAUUCUACGGAAGCCCGGAGAGGCAAUCAGAUGUAUCCAGUAAUCAGUUUUCUAGGUCUGAUGAAAUUGUUUCUCUGCUGUGUUGAAGCUUAAAAAAAACAAACUGAAUGUAAAACAGUUUGAAGAGAUCAACCCACAGUGUCGCAGUGAUCCGUUAGCGUUAGCUUUAGCUUUAUUAAAUAACACAGAAUCCUUGAGAGGCAGAAAGGAACAAAUAGAUUAAGUGAAAAGUCUGAGUGAAGUUUUUUCUCUGCUGUGUUUAUGUUUAUGUAUAUUUCAGAGAUGAAAGACAUAUUUAGAAAAAUGACACUGACAAAAAAAUGUACCUGUUUCAAAGAUGAAAAAUAUAUUAUUGACAAAAUAAAGAGAAAAUGUCUUAUUUAUUUAAAAAAAAAAAAAAAGAAAGAAAGAAAACAUUGCUGAUACAAAAGUAAGUGUUGUAAUAUAAGUAAGCAACUGGAGUAGUAUAAAUGUGACCAUGGUAUCCUGGUAAAUAAAUGAAUAAUCCCACCUGGAAUUUAAAGUUAUUACCCUUGAAAAAAAACAUUUUUCAUCUGUUUUUCAGUAAUAAACACAAGAAAGAAAAUUAUUUCAAUCAAACAUUUCUUUGCCUCUCAGGGUUUCCGUAUUAUUUACAUGCAACAAGGGCUGUCAUCGGAGUUUAUAUACAGGAUUAUUUUGGCCAAAUGAAUUAUAGCGAUAGUGAUGUUAUAAUGAGACAAGAGAGUCUGAAACCAUCACUGUAAAAAUCAACAAAUAACAUCAACUAAUCAGUUAGUGAUGGAAAAACAACCAGAUGAACAAACAAACAGAAGAUGCACAAGAACAUCUCAUCUGGCUUAUUCACAUGAUGUCAUAUUGAUAACAUGAUAUCAAUAUUUAAUUGUUUUAAUAUCACAGGCUAAAUUAAAGCUAAAGCUAACAGAUCUUUGCUACACUGCUGGUUGAUUUGAGGCCAAACUGCUGUUAUAAAAACAUGAAGCUAUAAAAAAAAAGCUGUUGUUACAUCCUGGCUUUAUUAGUUCACACUGACUCAUGAGAAAUCCGCCACAUCAGUGUCGUUCUGUCAGUCUAAUUCUAGCUGAGACACUUCCAGGAAGCACAAUUAGGUGUUUGUGACUAAUCUGUCAAAUGUUUGAUUAGAUGUCUAAACUAAAAAUAUUGCAGGAAGUCUGACAACGUUUCUCGUGUCGUCCCGUCGUUAUCGUUCUGUCUUCUGAUAUCUGAGGUCCAAUGUUGAUCGCGACAUGAAUGUUUACAGACGCAGCUAAUGUCUCUGUCGCGACUCGCGCCGGCGUGGUAGUUUAUCGUGCUCCCCUGUUGUCUCGAGACACGGUUAGAUAAGCACAUUUGGGCGGUCGGAUGGUGUGAGUCUGUGCUGUAACGCUGGAGCUGAACUGUUUUUGGUAAAUUUACUAAACUCUUGUAACUUGGUUGUAUUUGAUAUCAGGUUUGUAUUUCUGUAAAUACGGUCGAGGUUAAAAAAGAAACAACAAAACAAAGAAACUGAGCGGUCGGAGAUGUUUUGAGAUGAUUGUCUUCAAUGCUAAUAACUAUUGUGUUGUCUUGAUUUACAGCUAAACGCGACUUCACGUCAUCCUCCGUUCUCAGAAAGUCAUUUUGAUAGAUUAACUUUGUAGAUUCUGUAAAAUGUUUAUGAAGUACUAUCUCUGUUGUUCUGUGAUGUAUUCCUUAUUUUAUUAUUAUUUAUUUUGAUUUUUGAUUUUUGCGACGCCCACAUUGGUUCCCAUGAUUAAAGCCACAAUCCUUAAAACAGCACUUCAUGGAUAUAUGUGCACAGUCUAAAAGGUAGUGAAAAUUUUAAUCUCCCGCAGCUUCACAGGUCCAUCGCAGUUCAAUUCUAAUGUUUACAGAGGUUUGAUUAUUUACGAGCUGUUUACAACAUCGGACGACGCCGACACUCACAUUGAGCUGUCCAUAAUUAGAAAAAAAUCAAGACUGCUGUUAAUUAAUCCACUUCAGAGUAUGAAAACUGUCAUUCUCAAAGCAUUUGCUUAACACAUACGGUAUGGUGGGGCAACCAUUUUGUUUACAUUUGAUGAAGGAUUUGUCCUUUAAACACAUCCUUGUGUGGAUUUUGAACAGUAUUUCUGUACAUUUAAUAAAUGGUCCAGUAUCUUAUUUAACCA